CGACACCACGGCCGCCACCCGCAUCUCUGUAGCACCUCUUUCUUCUCAUCUUGGCAUACGCAGACCCAGCGCCUCUUCUUUAUCCAUCCACCCAUCCGCCCAUCCACCCAUCAUGGCCACUGUCGAAGACCUCCGCUCGACCUACGAAACAUUCUGCAGCUUUGGCUCCAGCCGCAACCUCUCGGGCAUCUCCGCGGCCUCAAUGGACUUGGUGACUGGCCCGACUAUGGACGGCGCCAAGUUUGCAAAGUUCUGCCGUGACUCGGGCUUGGUGGAAGGCAAAGCCAUUACCUCCACCGACGUCGACAUCAUCUUCAACAAGGCCAAGGCCAAGGGGGCGCGCCGACUCGACUGGAACACUUUCCUGGAAGCCUGCCGCCUCCUCUCCGAGAAGAAGUACCCCGCAGCGACCCCGGCCGAAGGGUGGUCAAAGUUCCUCAACGACGUCGUCUACACCGGCAAGGGCCCGGUGGUCUCGGGAACGACGGCGUCGACCGAAGGUAUCUAUGAGAAGCUGACCAACACCUCGCUCUAUACGGGGACGCACAAGAGCCGUUUCGAUGCCAACGGGAAAGGCCUUGGCCUGGCCGGCCGCGACGCUCCGUCCAAGACCAACCGCCUCGACACUCUCGUCAACCGAGACUCCAAGGGCCCCAGCUCCACCCUGGCCGGCAGCAAGCCCGGAUCCAUGUCGAACCUGUCGUCGGCUCCCAAGCCGCUGACGGCCAAGCGCGGACAGGUCGCCAUAACGACUGUCAGCUCCGAAAAGAUAGACUCUGAGGCCCACAAGACCAAGAAGGCACCUGAGUCUACCCUGACCUCCACUGCCCCCGCCAGUGGAGUCAAGGUGGUGGGCAAGAGCCCCAGCACCAAGAGCGUGAGCUACGCAGCGGUUCCCAGCACAUCGUCUGGAAGCGGCUCGGUCUUUGACCGGCUGACGGACACCAACCAGUACACAGGUUCCCACAAGCUCCGCUUCAAUGCCGACGGCACUGGCCGUGGUCUGGCCGGCCGUGACUCCACCCCCAAGGGCCAGAACCCCGGCACCUAUCGCGGCGGAGACGUCAAAGACCUCUCCCAAAUCCUCCGAAACUAGUGUGUCUCCUUGAUGUGGAAUGGUGUGAGUGAGUCCACCUCUUCCAGAAGGAGCUAUCAGUUGAAAUCUGCAGGACCCAGUGGUGUCGAACAAUAGCUAUGUUCCAUCGAAUCGCCAUCACAGUUGCCUCCCCCCCCCCUCAUUCCAGUUGUUUCUGGGGCAACCCCUCCGUGAAUACACAGGUGGCGAUCGAUAAAUAUGGGUCAGUUCAUUUUUUCGUCGUCAGGAUGUGCCUCCUGUGCUUCAAGAGCACAAUGGCGCAUUCCCCCUUCCUGCCUUCGCAGUCUCAUAUCCCAUAUCCCAGUCCCGGAACCCAAGGAAAGAAACACCGACAAGCUUAUGGUUUGAUAGGAUGAGAGUCUU